UGUACACAGGCAUGUACCCAAGCGUGUACGCACCAAUGCACACAACAAUGUACGCAACUUGAUGCCCCAACGCAAGUCGCGACAUUCACACAAACAAAUUGGGGAACGCUGUCCGUCGAAGAGAACGGGUUCCGGCAAGUGAUUGAGUUAGUGAAUGCGGAGUAUUGCAUUGUCCGCAAGCCGAAGUCCUUAGAACCAAAUGACAAUUCGAUAGUAUUAACCAAUCAAGUGUGUAGCUCCAAACAUGGAAGACUCACAUUUGAAGAUGGCGACAUUUAUUUUGAAGAUUAUUCGACCAAUGGGACAUUAUUAGACGAUGACGCCCACAAACAUGACCAAAUUAAAAAGGAAAAAGUAUUGAUUCAUCUUCCAGCGACGUUAACAAUAGGAAGUACAACGCAGUCGAUCAUUUCGAUCACCAGUGAAGUGACGAAAUUUAGUAAUGACUAUUCCCUCUUGAAGAAUUUGGGAAGAGGCGCAACAGCAACGGUCCACUUAUUCAAGCGCAAAUUUGGGGAUAUGGGGGAGGUUGCCGUCAAAGUCAUUGACAAAAAGAAUAUCAAAGCGACUAAAGAGACGAUGAAGGACAUUUUAGCCGAAGCGGAGAAUCUGUGUAAGUUGCAACAUAAGAAUAUCGUUCAAAUCUAUAAUGUGUAUUACUUUGAUUAUUAUGUAUACAUGGUGAUGGAGUAUAUUGGCGGGGGGUCACUUGAUUCGCGUAUCAAUUUGGCACACAAGACUUUAAAUUCGGACGUUUUGAUGUAUCCCUUAAUCGACGAAAACUUCAUUAAAAAGGUCUUUGGGCAGAUUAUGUGUGCGUUGGCUUAUGUCCAUAAGAAUCACUUCAUUCAUCGCGACAUUAAACCUGAAAAUGUGUUACUAACGUUAAACGGCGAUGCGAAAUUGGCUGAUUUUGGUGUUGCGAAACGAAUGACUGAAGACAAGUGUUGUACAUUUGUUGGGACGUUGGGAUAUUUAGCGCCGGAGAUACGAGCGAGUAAAGAGUAUGACUGCUCGUCGGACAUUUGGAGUUGCGGUGUCAUGUUAUUUAACAUGUGCUGUUCGAAGGAGUUUGAGAGGUGUUAUGAUGAGAGAGCAGUGAACAAAAUUGCGUUUCCAAAAGAAAUGCCGAUGCAACUGAUUUACUUAGUGGGGAGUAUGUUACAGAUCAAUCCAAAUGCACGACCGACAGCAACACAAAUUGAGAAUUAUGAGUGGCUUAGGGGAUAUGUCGAGCCCGAAGCAGAGAAUGAGUCAGUGUAUGACUAUUCGAAAAGAGUACAUAUGGAAGAAGAGACCCAAGCAACACAAAGAGACAAUUUUGGUGCAGAUUUGAUGUUUUCGAAUCCAUUCAAUUCGUUUAAUAUUAACACAGAAGACUUCUUAGGAAAGAAGACGGACAGACUGAGCGACGAAUUUCAGAAACCAAAGACACGAAACUCUGAUGUGAAGAAACCAAAGAAGAGUGAGAAGAAGAGAAACUGUGUUGUGGGGGAGGCGGGGAAGAGAUACCCAGUAAUAACACUUCCAGAGAAAAGAAAGUCGAACGGAAGUCUUCGAGCACUUAUGACACCAAAAAGCCCAGAAAGUGCGGGAAGUGGGAAAACAGUCAUCGAUCAUUUCACUCCUCCACAGAAGAAGAUGGAAGAAUUGAUGGAAGAGGAAAUCAGUUUGGGGAGUGUGAGUUGUCUAAGGGAUAAUGUCGACGAAAUGGGAUUUGGUGAUACCAAGUUUCCUCGAAGACUCUCUGCGUUUGGGUUGUUAAUGUGA